AUGGAAGAACAAAAGCAUAAUUACAAUAUCGAUUCAAACAUGAAUCAUGACCAAGAGAAUGUGGACACCCAGAUGCUACCUGAAGAAGUAAUCGUCACUGGAAGAUGGACAAACCAAGAGCACAUGCAGUUUGUAGAAUGCCUUAAGAAGUACGGCAAGGACUGGUCCAAGCUUGAGAAAUGAGUCCCUACCAGGACUGGACCUCAGGUCAGGAGCCACGCUCAGAAGUACUUUAACAGGAUCAAGAAAGAAUACCAGACCGACUUUCCGCUGGAGUAUAUCCACCAAUUUACCAAGAACGAGCCGAAGGAAUCAGGUGAAAGUUGGAUGUCAGCUGACAACAAUCAGUGUUCAAAGUAAGCCCAUGGCUAAAUUUAUAGAAAUGAUCCUAUUGGUAAGGAUUGAAAAUUUA